AUGGAAUCCGAUCCAUGGGCAGACACACCAUCCACCCCUAAAAUACCCUCACGUCCUGCAAGUCCUGGUGAACCUUCCACCUCGAAAGUAGCUUCAUCACCACCUAUCAACCCUAUCUCAUCUCCACCUAACCCUCCUCCACAGGAAGACGAUGGAAUUGACGAUUUUGACGAUUUCGAUGAACCUGCUGUACCGAUAGCUGGGUCUAGCGGAGCUGUUGAGGCGGAUGAGGAUGAAGGGUUUGGCGAUUUUGGUGAUUUCGAAGAAGGUGAUUUUGAUGCUCCAGCGGAUGUAGAUGAGGUUCAGAAUGGUAUAUCUGGUGUGAGGUUGGUGGAUGAGCCUAUAGAACAACAAGACCGCUGGCAUGCAUUGAAUCUACGUCCAUUCCCACCCAAAGGAGAAUUACUAGAUCAACUAUCAACCCUCCUCUCACCAUUAUACUCAUCAGGCAAUAUCAGUCAAUACCUGACAGAUGAUCAACCGAGGAUAGGAAAUGGUUUGUCACAGGUAUUGGUCAGUGAAUCGAGUCGAGAUGCAUAUGCUCAAUUGACCACUGCACCAAUGUUGAAACCACUCGAUUGGACCAGGUCAAGGGUAAGGAGAGAACAUUUAAUCUCCAUGGGCGUUCCAGUGAAUUUAGAUGAGGUCGAUUCGCAUAGACUUUCUGCCCUUCCACCAUUACGCAUAACCACCAACGCCAGCUCGUCAAACAGACCAAUCCCCCGUCGAGCAGAAUCGUUAGAUGUCAAUGGGCGAUAUAGCUCUUCCCAGAAAGGCAAAUCAAGAGAAGUCUCGCCGAAUGCUCAAACUGCACCGAAUAGUGCUGGAGCCAAGGGGACGAGGGGUAUUGGGAAAUAUGGGUUGGGAGUGAAACCUGAAUUUGACAUGGAGAAAGCAGAGGAGUACUGUGGGUUGGAAGAAGACCGAUUAUCUCUACUGCCCUUAGCCACUUUACAAAAGCUACAAGCCGACAUCGCUCAAACCUCUGCCCUGGCUUCAUCGAGAUUAGCUUGGGAAUUGCAAUUGAAAGAUGCUCAGACUCAGGAUGCAGCAACAUACAACGGCAUGAUAUCGGAACUCAUCGCCAAUGCGGCCAAAGUCAAAUCCGCCCAAGUAUCGUCAGGAGGUGUAUUUAGGAAAUCAUCAGUGAAGAGACCUCAGAGCGUUAGUGGCACUGUCACACCUAGGCGGACGGGUAGUCCCGGUAUGUGGUAG